AUGCGAGUAUCGUUUGAUGCUGAUUUGAUUAGUGAUUAUGAAGUGUCAACAAAAGAGAUGAAAUUUGUCGAUAGAUUACUACCUAAACAAACAGUUCCACAAGUUCCUGAUAAUAUAACUGGUAUAACCCCUUCAGGAUGGAUACCAUCAAAAGAAUCAUCCACUUCCUUGCCGUAUUUUGUAAGAAGAACCAAAAACCACAUGUUACCAGUGUAUGCAGAAGUACAGCAUACCAAUAGACAUCUUGUUCGUAUUAAAAAUAUUGAUGGAGAUAUUUGGGCUUUUGAGAAAGAUUUAUGUGAAUAUUUAGAAAACAAACACAAUAAGAGACCAAUAUUAAGUCAAAUUCAUGAAGUGGGAAGAUUUAUUAGAAUCAAGGGACAGUACAUUCAUGAUGUUGGUGAUUUUCUUAUUAAUAAAGGCUUUUAG